UACCCGCAUAACAACCUGUUUUAGUUUUGUAGCUAAGGAGUUUGUUUGGAGUAGACACUGACACAAUAUAAGAGGAAACAUGGCUGACCAUAAACUCAAGGGAGAGGAAAAUGUUGAAGAUUUUCUAAGUCAUCUAUACACAGAUAUCUGUACAGAGGUGAGGUGGGCUGAUGAGCUUCCGGAUAUAAUUGAUGCAACUAAAGAGAUGGUAAAAAGAAUAGUAGGUGAAGCCUUUGAUCAAAACAUGAAAGAACUUAAAUCCAAAGGUGUAACAAAGAUAGAAGUUUUAGAUGCUGGUAGUAUGGCUGAAGGAACUAAAGUAUGUUAUCCCGAUGAAUUCGACUUUCUUAUAUCUUUCACCUUCUCCCCUGAUGUUUUAGAGACAUUUCCUACUUCGAAUGCAAUGAAUUUUGAGUUUCCAAAGUUCACAGUUUCACCAAGAGAUCCUAGAUUUCGUCAGAUAGUCAUAGAUAAAAAUAAAAAAGCAUUGCUAAACACUAUAAGUUUUAUGAGGAAGAAUUUCGGAUGGCUUAGAAGAGCUUUGUUAAAAGUAAGUAAGAACAAACCUAUUCCUCGAGGAGAAAACCGUUUACAUUUGGACGUUAAAAAUAAUCCCAAAACUGCAAAUUAUGGAAUGCGUGGUCCCUCUUUUCGUCUGUAUAAACUAUUGAGAUGGUCCUCUCCAAAACGCUAUGAAGAUCUCCUUAUUUCCGUUGACCUUGUACCAACUAUAGUAAUAUAUGAUGAAAACAUUGCGGACAAACUUCCAUUUUUUAUUCGGGGUUGUUCAUGUGACGAGCACUUAAUUCAUAAACCAGACCACUUUUUCCUUGUUCCCGUUAGAAAUGCAGAACAACACCUAGAACGGCUUUAUUUCAGCGAUGGCAUCUUGAGGGAUGACAAGGAUAAAUUCUUAGAGCAUAAUUUCAUGGUUUCAUUAUCUGAGUAUGAAAGAGAUGUAAUGAAAAUAUGGAAAUGUGAAAAAUCUGUAAACCAUAACUGGUUUAUUUGUUAUAGAUUAAUGAAAUGCUUUGGAGAUCUAGACGACAAUUCUGACGAAAUUUUUCUGUUCAAUCAAGGAAACCUGACGGUCCCUAGUAUAAUUUCUCCAGAAAGGAAAGAAAGUUUUACAAGUUAUACAUGGAAAACACUUGUAUUUGGAACAGCGAGGCAGGAAACAAGUAAAUUAACGCUAAAACAAUGUUUUGAUCGUCUGACAGCAAUAUUUGACAAAGAGAAUCUCGACAAAUCUAAAGUAUUACCAGUACGCUCUUUCUGGUGGCCGUCUGAAAUAUCAGAAAAAAUCCAUCUUGAUAUGAGAGGCAAACAAUGCUACACACCAUUUGUAGAUCGAAUGAUUCAAUUGAAAACAAUUUUGAAUGAAAUAAUUUAUGACUCUAGUUAUAAUUAUUCCUAUUAUAAAGGCAAAAUAAAGGAAAUAUGUCCAAAACUUCUUUUAUAUUUCAACCGAGCUUAUGAUGGUAAAUCAAAAUUAUGAAAACCUAAAUAUACCGGACACUCGAGGAUAACAAUAAGCAAUUUCUAGCAAAUCCUUUGUUCUCUUGUGAAAUGCUAUUCUCAAACUCUGUCAGAAUGUACAUGACUCUGCUUAAUUAAACCGAUGCUGUCUCUGUUUUGGAACUGACAUCUGAAAAUGGCUAAAAGAAACAGGAAUAGUUAUAACGUAUAAUAAUUUCAUAUCUUUUUUGCACUCUAAAGAAAACAUGAUAUACUUUAAAUAUUACAUACAUUUGUAUAAACAUGUAACAGAAAAUAAAAGAAACAAAUUCCAAACAUUAUUAAUUUUAACAGACAACUGUUAAACAGAUUAAAAAUUGAAAGAUUUGUUGCAUUACAGAAUGAUAUAAGAAAUAUCAAGAUAAAGUGAUCCCUAAAAUAUUUAUUUACUCUCUUUUUUUGUGUGUGUAUUUAAUAUAACUGAGACUCCUUAAUUCAUUUAAUGUCUUAAAUAUUCUAGUUUCUAUGUUUCUUACUUAUCUUUACAUACAUGUAUGCUUUUUAUUAUUUACGUAAAUGCUAUAGUUAUCAUAUACAUGUAUGUAUUCUUUUCUUGAAAAUAAA